CAGCGUUCAAACGGAGAGCGGAAGAUAGGAGGAGGGGAAUGACUACACCAAGAGAGUAGGAGGAGGGAGAGAGGGAGGGAGGACAAUUUCCUUUCUGUAACGCACACGCUACAAGAUCACACCGGGAAAACGGAGAGAGGCAAGAAAAUAAUUGGCGAGAGAGAAAAAGGAAACACCGCAGCCUUUCCGUCAGUCCGUCCGUCCGUUGGUGGUUGUUUUUUUUUUGCGGGAGAAAAAUCGUCGUUUCUUUUAACGCAGACUUGCGGACUAACAUGGGGGGAAGAGAGAGCUGACGAGGAUUGACUUUCAGUGAACCUCUGCUCUGUGGUACAAGUCUGCGGCUAAUAUAGACAGGGAGGAGGGAAAAAAGGCGACAGGGAAGACAUGUUGAGGGGUUUCUCGUCUUGAGGUUGCGGUAGGAUGUUGUGCUUUUAAAACAGACGUGGCUCGUGUAGAGAAGAAAAACUAAAAGAGGGCAAAUGGAAAUUGGGCGGUAGGCUAUGUUCAGGAGCCAUUGUUUUUAAUCGGUGUUUAUUUAAUUGGUUUGUUAUGAUCUGAAAUAACGUAGGCCUCUUAGGCAGCCCCGCAGUAAAUAAAUACACGGUCAGCAAACAGGGGGCUACAUAGCUGAAUAUUAACCCGACAAACCUGCUUAUAUUUCAUGGGACAUUUUUUAUUUGAGCCGCUGUGUUUUUAGUAAGGUGAAAGCAGUGUUUGUGAGCCAGUUGUUUAAAAAACAAAGAACAAACAAACGCGGUGUUUAGAUUAAAUUUCUUAACAUUUCCAGAUACAUCAACUCUUUAGGGGGGGGGGGGGGUCAUACAAAGGCCCAGUAGAAAACACAGUAAAGGCUACUAGGUUGCAUUAAAAUAUUAUUUUAACUGCAUAGAAACAUCGUCCACAGGCUGGCCUUAAGCACAAAGGUGCACACGAGUAGGUAAGUCUAUUUCCCACCCAGUUUAGCUCAAGACAGGGGACAAAAGAAGAUUUUUAAAUGUUAAUGUCGACCGACGUUGCAUCCAUCAUGCUGCCUGUAUCCCGGGGUCUCAUGGACCGGGAUAGAGAGCUGGACACCAUGGCCGGGGUGCAUCCCAACGCGGGUGGCGCUCCUGCAGUUGUCCGGGGCAUGAAGCGCGGAGACCCGGAGCCCGACGGACAGACAGCGGCGGCUCUGGUGGACUCUGCCGGGGCGGAGUGCAAACGUCCCCGGAUCGACGGCACAGGAGGGAUCGGCGAGGUUGGUCAGAACAAUGACCCUUUGACCCUUGGUUACCAUGGCUACCCCUCUCAUAGUCAGGGUAUCCAUGUGCCACUGCCAACAGCAAGGAAUGGCUCUCAGGAUAGUGCUGGCGGUCAGGAGGGACUCGUACCACCACCUUUCUCCGCUUUCCCUCCACCUCCACCACCACCACCCCAGAACGGCCUGGCCCUGGAUUACGGGGGUAGCCUGUAUGCAGCGGGGGCUGUCCAGGGCCCCGUGGAAGCCGGCGUAGCAGCAAACAGCGCCGCCAACGCUGCCAACAGCCUCAGUGUUCAACAGUCAGAUGUGUCCUCCCAGAUUGAUGGUCAGUCGGGGGUUGGCUCAGGAGGAGGAGGUGGCGGGGGGACCGUUGGGGUUGAUGCAGACGACAAGGGGACCCCCAAACGCCUUCAUGUGUCCAACAUCCCCUUCCGCUUCCGAGACCCGGAUCUACGGCAGAUGUUUGGGCAAUUUGGCAAAAUCCUCGACGUCGAGAUCAUUUUCAAUGAGAGGGGAUCCAAGGGCUUUGGUUUUGUAACAUUCGAGACGAGUGCAGAUGCAGAGCGGGCCAGAGAGAAGCUUCACGGUACACUGGUGGAAGGACGUAAAAUUGAGGUCAAUAAUGCUACAGCCAGAGUGAUGACCAACAAGAAGAUGACCACCCCUUACUCUAAUGGAGAGGGCCUCGCAACUCUGCCAUACGCUGGGUGGAAGUUGAGUCCCAUGGUUGGGGCCAUGUACAGCCCCGAACUCUAUACAGUACCGGGGUUUCCGUACCAAGCAGCAGCAGCUGCUGCCUCCACCGCUGCGACCUUUCGAGGCGCUCAUCUCCGGGGUCGUGCCCGGCCGGUCUACAGCGCAGUCAGGGCAGCUGUGCCACAACCUGCCAUCCCUACUUACCCAGGUGUGAUGGCCUAUCAGGAUGGCUUUUACGGUGCAGCUGAUCUCUAUGGUGGCUAUGCAGCGUAUCGUUACGCCCAGCCAACUGCGGUAGCGACUCCUGCAGCAGCAGCAGCGGCUGCAGCAGCUUACAGUGACAGCUAUGGACGAGUUUACACGACAGACCCCUACCAUGCUGCGCUCGCCCCAGCUGCCUACGGCGUUGGAGCCAUGGCCACACUGUACAGGGGAGGCUACAGUAGAUUUGCCCCUUACUAAAGACACUACAUUUCCCAGGAGCUCCUCUCUUCCGUUGAAUUAUUCUGAAAGAGCUCCCUCUGUUGUCGUGGAGGUGGACUGCACCCAGUUUUAAAGUGUGGAGUCACAACAAAGAUAUUUCAGAUCCCACCCCAGAGCAGUCCCACGUUUUCUUAUAUACGCUACUACAGAAAUAGAGGAAUGCUGUAUUAAAGACUGACGGAUGGCCUUCACAUUAACAAAAGAAAAAAAAAGACUUAAAAUGGCCACCUUCCCUAUUGCACGGCUGUAUUAUAGUCCCCCCUUCUUAUUCCCCCGGCACUCAGCAGCACAAGACUCGGGAUGGAGCCCAGACGUUCUUCCAAAGGCUGUAUGUGGAUAAAUGACAUUUAAAUAGCUGUCAAACGUGUAUGAGAAAGAGCUGAGUGCUGUGUGGCCUGCACACACUCAACAUUAAGGAAAAAGAGAGGGAAACGAGCAAUCAAAGUGUCCACAAAGCGUCAGAGCGGUAGGAAGCAGGAAGGUGCAUCGAAUAAGCACCUAAAAACAUUUUGAACCAGAAUGACGAGUCACUAAAAUGAUAAAAUAAAAAAAAUAAAAAACACCCACUGAUGGAUUUUUAUAAUUCCUCCUUAACGUGGGCAGAUAGCAACGAGAGAGGGUUUCCAUUCUUGCUGUGUUCUGGUAGAGGGAGACUGAACAUGGUGGCUUGGAAAGAUGAUGUGAUGGUUUAUAAUGCUACAGAAAUCACAUCCGAAAGCGGAAGGAGGGAGGGUUAUUAGAGCUGUUCCUUACCUCAAGUUUUCUUAGUAUGUGGAAAUGGUGAACCUUUAAACUUAAAAUUGUUAUGAUAUGCAAAGAAAUUAGUUUAGAGAAAAAAGUUACCAAAUUAUUAUUAUUAUUAUUAUUAUUGUUAUUAUUGUAAUUAUUCUCAUUCUUAUUCUUACUAAACCAUUAUUUUGUUUGACUCAGCAGCUACUGCUGUCAUGGGACAUGUAGAUCCAACAGUGAACCUUGGGGUUAAAAAUCAGAAAAUGAGCAUCUGUAUAACAAAUAUUCCACUUUUUGACUAUAUGACACAACUGUAGUCACAUCAUCUUUCUCUCGCAUAGGAUUUCAUUACACUCUGUGUGCAGCCACCUCUAAACACUACAAAAAGUUCAACACUACACCUGAAUUGAUUUUAGCUUUAGUUCCAAACUAAAUCAUCCACCCACAACCCUGGGGUUCAAGUACUUGUUGAUCCUUUAAUGUAGAGAUUUAUUAUUUGGAUUUUCCCCUCAUGCUCCAUCUUUUUAUAGAGCAAAGUCCAACAUUGAAUGAGUCUUCCUGAAACAUACUUUAGUUGGUGAUUGUGUUUGAGAUGCUGCCAGUAGCAAUUACUGUGCAAGAGAGAGAGAGUCUGUGAGUUAAUAGAAAAUAUUUAAAUGCGAAACACCUUACUAUUGUGCAUAUUUCUAUACCGUUGUAUUCUAUAUUUCCAAAAUGUGGCGCUUUUUCUUUUUUGGGAGGGGGACUUUUGUUUUUGUUCCAAAGAUUUGUAGAAAGCACAUUUUUCUGCUGUAUGUAUAAAUAUAUUAUCUUUGUUAUUGUUAUGAUCAUAAUCCUAUUGCUGUCUUUAUUUACUUCUUUUUCAUCUUCUGUUAAUCUUUUUUUUUUAAAUAUCUGUAAGUUGUUGUUCCUUCUCCAGUAAGGUGCAAGUUAAAUUUCAAGUUUUUUUGUUGUUGUUGUUUGCUUUGGAGUAAAGAUCUUAGAGCCAAGAGCAUACCUGAAUAGUGACAAACUAAAGGUAUGCAUGGAACACUACCAAACUUUUGUCCUCUUAAGUAAAUAUUCAGUCAAACCCAGGCUACAGUUUUAUUUGUUUUGGGUUGAUUAUAGGAUUCACUAGCAUGGCGUUUGAUUAUAAUUCAAAAUAUACAGGAACGGCUGGAUUUUGUUUUUCUUUCUGUGUCCAUAUUUUGCAGGUGACUGGUUAAAACCAACUGUGUUCUUUUAUUUUUGAGGUUUUCUGUUUAUUUGAAUUUUUUUUUUUUUUAAGUGGACUCCUUACAUUUCAGUGGGUAAAUCUGUCAGCUUGGCCAUUGUGGUCGCUCCAGGUUUGUUUGAAGAUAUCCAGUAAAAUGUCUGAAAGUGUUAUCUCUCAUACAUAAAUAGGUUAAUAUUCCAACAUGGUGUAAAACAAAAUGUCGUUGUGGGAUAUGAUCUAGGUUGUGUGUUCAAUGGGCCAUUUAUGUAUUUUUUUUUUUUUACCGUUAUUUUCAAUUUCUCACUCUUAGAAAAACAUGCAGGUCAAUAAGAUGGGGGUUUUUUUCUAUUAAAUGCGCUGCUGUUGGAUUUUCUCAUGACAUUUAACAUUUCUUUUUAAAUAUCUCCAAGUUACUAUAGAAUGUGCUCUGGACAAAAUGGGGGGAAAAAAAGAAACCUAGCCAAAGAUGCUAACUAACAGUCCCCAGCACGUUCUGGUUCCCAACUUGAGAAGUGCUACACAAAAUACACAAAGAUGGACUUACAAAGCCACUAAAGGCAUGGACAAACCAGCAUGAGCGAUACUUGUCAAGUAAAAAAAAGAAAAAAAGAAAUUGUUUUGCAUGAAUCUUGUGUCUUUCAUAUCUGAGUCCUGAGCAGCCGAGCCCAGUUGCAUUCUUCUUUACCACUAAACUCUAUGGAGAAUGACAGGCAGCUAGCUGUUUGAGGCUAGCUAACACAACAAAGAGCACAGUGCUGUUUGGCAAAAAGGCCUGCUGACAAACAAAAUGGCUGCUGCACAAAAGAACACGUGGCAGCUUCAUUUUCCUGUCAUGGUUUUCUUGCCACUGUAUUAUAGUAAACUAUGUGGCCAUUCUUCAUAGUUGCUAUGGUUUCUCACUGACCUGUCCUCUCCCUCUGUCAUGUCUAUAUCCCCCUUGACUGCCAUUAUGUUUUUUUUUUGUUAUUGAAUGUCCAUAUAAAAUGUUUUAUAUAAAAAUGUUUUGUUGUGA